CUCUCACGGCAUAGACGCGUGUGUGGCGCUCCGAGCGUUUUUCAAUAGCCGAUCAUCGGUUUGAAAUAAUAAUAAAUAUAGAAAUAUUCGAUUUAAUGAAAAACGUAAAGGAGGAUAAAAGGAGAGCCAUCGACGGAUCGGAACGCCCGCGUACCACGCCGGAAUUUCAAUAGUUUUUUCUUCAUCGGUAACCAUCGAUCGAUCGUUUUGUAUAUUGAGUUACGAAAGAAACGAAAAUAAUCAAACUUCGAGUCCUGGACCACCGGUGACGUGAGCUUGGAGCUUGCAAGGAGAAAACAAGGGAAACAGUUCAAUAAAAUUAGGCCGGGAGAGUAUCAUUCAACAUAAUAUCUGUGAAUGACGUGAGAGAAAGUCCUGCCUCGAGGACUCGAGAAUAAAAAAGCACACCGAGGACUCGGGUUUCCAGUGGCCACGAGACCGCAAGGAGCGUGUAUGCUGAGGCAUCCGACAAUCAAGGGCCCGUCAACGACCGGUUGGGAGGUCCUUAUGGUAGCUGAAGAUUCGACGAGAGGCAUCAAGUGCAAGAAUCAAGAGCUCAAGGGCUGGCCCCGUCGUUGGAGUCACACGUCGGCAAGCAACAGUUAUAUUUAGAAAAGCGAAGAUUAGCCGACAUAUAAUAUAAUGUCGGAGAGGAAGAAAAACUUGCUAAGUGAAAAAAGCACGAGGGCGACUUCGACGAGUUCGGGGCCAUCGGAACUGACGAAAUUGGAAUCGAUCGCCGGUGGAACGAUCGGCAAGCAUAACACGGGGGUAUGUGUCACUUUGCCCAAUCACUGUAACAACAAUUGCAACAAUAAUAACAACAACAACAAUAACAUCAGUACGAAUCAGAACAAUAGUUUGACGAGCCCAACGAGAAAGGAGGGUCUGUACGCGAAGAAGGGAGAAAGUAAUCAGAGACCGAGCAUAUACGCGAGCAGAGAUCACGGGAUAUCGAGAAGGGACAACGAUUCGUUUAAUUCGAUAACGAACGAGGCUAGAGACCAGCUGAAGAGGGGACCGGCGCCGAUCGUCGUUUGGCAAAAUGGAAGCCCAACCGUGUUCCCAAGCUCGCCGAUCAAAACACCCGAAACGAUGGAUUCGUCGUCACGAACGAAUCACGAAAACGAGGAAACGACGAGCAGAACAACAACGCUGUCGAAGAGUUCAGGAAUCGGGCAGGAUUACAUAAACACCGAGGAUCUGAGCAGUCUCGGGGACGAACGUUUGCUGCCAUCGACACCGGCCCUAACGAUCGAUCGCAGUGUCGAAUCUCUCUCAGCCGAUAAGGAAACUUAUCUCGACACGAGCCCCGAGCCCUUGUCCAUACGCUGCAAGGAUCUCAGCCUCGGAGAUGAUCUACGAGAUCGCAUCGAGCUCUUGAGUCCUGGAACGGAUUGCACCGAGGAUCGCAUACCGGCAACCCCCGCUGACAGUUAUCUGACAUCGCCGAACUUGACGGUCGGCCCAAGUCCGACCGGCAAGAGUUAUACGACCAUCGACAAAUCAUCGAUCGACUCAACGAGGCCACUGAGCUCCGAAAAAACCCACGGCAUUCUGGUACACCGGAAAUAUAACGAGCCCGAAACAACCAUUACCUCAAAUUACAAUUACAACGAUAAUCAUCCUUGCGAGGUCAGAUACAAAGAUUCGAUAGAUGGCUCGGAGAGCGUGCUCAAUGGAUACGCCGCCGGUGACGACGUCGAGGAAAACGAGGAAGACGUCAGACUCCCGAACGGAAGAAAAAAACCUAAAAUUCCUGACGGUGGAUGGGGCUGGAUGGUCGUACUCGCCUCCCUCGUUAUAUCGAUGAUCGCCGACGGUGUCUCAUUCAGCUUUGGUCUUUUGUACAUAGAAUUUCUGCAGGCGUUUGGCGCAUCCAAGUCAAAAACCGCGUGGAUCGGCUCGUUGUUCAUGGCUGUACCGCUCCUCUCGGGUCCGGUUAUGUCCGCGCUGGUUGAUCGCUACGGUUGUCGAAACAUGACUAUUUUAGGUGGUCUCGUUUCGGGACUUGGCUUCGUACUUAGCUCGUUCAGCAAUAGCAUCGAGGUAAUGUACCUGACCUUUGGUGUCAUUGCGGGACUCGGUCUGGGUCUGUGUUACGUAACUGCCGUCGUGAGCAUAGCAUACUGGUUCGACAAGAAGAGAACUCUAGCUGUAGGUUUAGGAGCAUGCGGUACAGGCGUUGGAACGUUUCUUUACGCUCCAAUGACGACCUUCUUCAUAAACGAAUACGGCUGGCGCGGCACCUGCUUACUGCUGGCUGGCACCUUCUUCAAUCUCAUCGUUUGCGGCACCGUCAUGAGAGAUCCCGAAUGGUGGGUUCUUGAACAAGAGAAACAGGCACUCGGAUCACCGAGGAAAUCCAUGGCGAGAUCCGAAGGCGGAAGAUCCUCGACCAGUCAGUUGGAAGAGUUUCCUGGCGUCGAGGAACUUAGGAGAUUACUCAAGAGUGGAAAAGCACCGGAAUAUUUGUUACAGAGUCUCAGAACUAGCACCGAAGCUCCGAGCAACGGCGAGGGUGGUACAACUUUCAGAAGCGUCGUCAAUUUACCAACCUUCGUCAGACAGAGCGAAAAAGUUCCUCUGGAAGUUCUAGAAUCACUCUCGGGCAAUUCGAGAUUGUAUAACGUCAUUUUGGAGAAUUAUCCGAGUCUUCUUUUAUGCAGAAGUAUUUCGGAUAAAAACCUCGAUGACUCAACACCAGAAGUAUGCAACAAUAAGAGCGGCGUUACAAUGUCCAUGAGGAUCAAGCAAGCUACGGAUCAAGCAAAGCAGCCUAUGAUGAUUGGAAAAGAUUCUCAUCCUGAUUCCCAUCAUGCAUCCACGAAAGUUCUCGCUACUCGUAGAAUGUCGAAGAAGGAUCUCGAGCAGAUCAACCCACUUCUUGCAAAAGAAGUUGCCCAAGCUGUUGCCGAAGCUGAAAAAAUCAAAACUCAUUCGAGGCACCAUCUCCCGGGCAUCGGAGUUGGAGUCGUGAGGACUGAUUCGCUUCCAUGGCUCAGACGACAAUUCAAUACGAAUACUCACUAUUUCAAGGAUAUUAGAGUUCAUAGAAAUUCGGUGAUGUACCGGGGUGCAGUUUUGAAUCUUCACAAGUACAGAUUACGAGCGAGCAGCUGUCCUGAUAUUUACAGGAACAGCAUGACUACUUUGGCAAAGGAAAAUGAAGAGAAAUGGUAUAGCGAAUUGGUGGAUUUGCUGGAGGGCAUGAUGGACUUUUCGAUGUUUCUUGAACUUCAUUUUCUCCUGUUAUCGUUAUCGACGAUUCUCUUAUUCACCUGGUUCAUCGUGCCUUACUUCUAUCUUGCCGAACACCUUACCCGCAACGGUUAUUCCGAGUCCGACGGGGCUAAUUUGCUAAGCAUCAUCGGCAUUACAAACACGAUUGGAAUGAUCGGUCUCGGUUGGGCAGGUGAUCAGCCCUGGAUGAAUGUCAGCAAGACGUACACGUGGUGUUUGAUAGCAUGUGGUAUAGCGACGAUUCUGAUGUCGAUAUUUACGCAUCAUUACGUGCUGCUAAUGAUAACGUCAGCCGCGUUUGGGUUAUUUUUCGCGAGUAAUUUUAGUUUUACGCCGGUAAUACUAGUCGAGCUUAUACCAUUGGAAAGAUUUACAACGGCGUACGGUUUGAGUCUGCUGUGUCAGGGUAUAGGAAAUUUGUUGGGUCCGCCAUUGGCUGGUUGGUUAUUUGACGUGACGGGCUCAUGGGAGUUGUCGUUUUUGAUGGCCGGUGGUUGGAUAAUACUGUCGGGUUUGUUAAUGGGUAUUAUACCGUACACGAAGAAUCGUAAGAUCUGGGGAUCGGGUCCUGUCGAAAUGGAACGAGAUAGAGACUGCAUGGCGUAGAUUUUUAUGAGAUUUCAACUCACUCAGUUAUAGUCUUAUUCGUAUAUAGCAAUGUAAAGAGGGGAGAGAAAAAACGAAUAACCAGGUAAAUUUGCGAUCCGAAUGAUUCUGUACCAUAAGUGUGUUAUUUUUAUUCGGUCGAAAUUUACACGGGAUUGAAACGAGAGUAUCAGAGAAUUCGUUGAACAUUCUCUCACUCGAAUUUCGUUCGAUGAUACGUUAUUGCUGUUAAGUUUCAAUUCGAUCAAUAUUUUCACGUUAUUUCUAGCCAAGCCGCUAGAAUCUCUUAGAAGAAAACAAAUAAUAAUGAAUGUAUAUUAGCAAGUGAAAUUGUACAGUUUGAAUUUGGAGGAAAUUAUAUACUUGCCAGCGUCCAGGAUUCAUGUUGUAAUUAAUUAAAAAUAUUGAAUUAUGUCGCGUUAUGAUCUCUCCGGGAGCCUUCGUUUCCUUCGAGGCUUCUUGCGUUUGCCAUGGAAUUAUGUAAUAAUAUCAAGGAAUUCAUUUGAUUUAUUGGAACAUAGCACGAGAGUUGCGUGAAAAUAUAAGUGAAAUUGGUGCUACUUUAAUAACAUGCUUCUUGACGGUAGUGUCGUUGAAUUUUAUCGCUGAUGCCCUCUGUAUUGAUUCUGGCCAUUAAAAACUCUGUUCAAACCACGAAAUUUACAUUUCGGUGGAAAAUUUGAAAGUUUGUUUUUUCUUCACAACAUUUUCGAUCGUUUUCGGCACGAUUGUCGUGGAAUAAAACGUCUAUAAAUGAGUCGCAAUAAUUCACCGUAUUGAAGUUUCGUUAAAAAACGUACUUGAAAAUAUAUAUAUUUUUUUUCAAAUAGCAAAACCAGUAUCCCGUACAGUUUCCUCCACUUAGAUUCAUAAUUAUAAAUUUCGAAAUUAGUAUUUAUUCAUCUUUCGUGCAAUAAAAAAAGAAAUGUUUUUCAUCUCGAAUAAAGGGCGUUGGUGUUAAAAUUCUUUGAUACUCUUAUAUAAAGGACCACCUUGUUGAACGAAGAGUCGAUCGAAAAGAUGUAGCUGUACUACAUACGCUUAUUAUGUUUUACGAACAAUGAGAAUAAAUUUAUUCAUCGAACUGUCCGUACAUACGUAUUACAUAAAUGAAAUAUAUUUACAAGGAAUAAAAACAAAAAAUAAGGAUAAGAGAACGAAAACAAUCCUGUCGUCAAAGCGGAUCGUAGACAAUCCGUGAGCGCGUUUAACGCAAUGCAUUUUUUGGAGGUUCAAUUUUUUCGCGUCGAUUGAUAGAAUAGAAACUCAAUGACCCAAGAAAACAAACAAACAACAACAAACUAUGAAAAUAAAUUGAGCAAAACGAAUAAAAAAUAAAAAAUAAAUAAAAAAAAAAGAAAAUUAAAAAAAUGACGAGAAUUUUGGAAGUUUUACAACCGACCGUAUGCCUUCAAUUAACCAAGAAACUAGAAAUAACGAAAAAGAAGGAUUAGAAAAGGGAGAACUGUAAAGAAUUUUAGUCAAUACAAUAUAAACUCGAUAGCUAGUAUCGUAUGUCCAAUGUGUAAACUUUCAAAGUUGGAAUUAUUAUAUAUAUAUAUUAUAUAUGUAUAUAUAUACAUAUACUGAUGGUAUAUAUACAAGUCGGAUCUGUGAUGAACGUCGACUCUGAACACUUGAGACUGCCAAGUCCUAGUAUACUGGGCCUAUAUGUAGUUCAAUAAUUAAACAAAAAGAAAACCCAGCCAUAGAAAAAAUAAAAAAAUUAUGUGAAGAAAAAAAAGGAAAAAUUAGUCGAGCAAUGAAUUGCACUAUCUCGCGAGAAUUUUCUGAAAAUUUAUCGCUCGGACGACUCAAUUGGUGGUAAACUAAAAAUGUUGGCAAUUUAUGAUAUGAUCCAGGACACUCCAAGUGGAAUAUCAAUAUUUUUUAACUCAAUAAUAAAAACGAUAUCGUAGUGUAACAACAACAAUUUUAUUACACAAAAGUGUAACGAGCAAGUAUAUUUUUGCUGGAAGUCCCAAACAUUGGUCACCGACUCAUAAACCUGAUCGAAUGAAAUUGUAGUUGUUCAGUGAUUAUUUUCAUGCGUCGCAACGUUCACAGUCAUCCCCUCGCCAGGACUAAACGAAAAAUGAUGAUAUCGCGGAGUAACAAAGUGGCGAGUAAUAAACGCAGUGGUCGAUUCUUGACUGUGAAUAAACUUUCGGACCAACGAAUAUGUUCGUUCGAAAGUUAAUGGAAUGACUUUUUUAUAUAUCUUCUUUACUUAAUUAGUAAUUCGUAAGAAACUUUUUUUACUUACGGAGCUGACAAUUUUCAAGAGGGAAUUAAUGAAUUGUUGAUUCUCCCACUAGCUAUGAUUGGUCACGAAAUUUCAGAAUGGAGAGGCCGACUGAGGCCGACUAUUCGAAAAAUAAUAAAGCAAAGAGAUGUUCUAUUGUGAAAAUUGAAAACUCAUUCGUUAUCUCAGAUAAGAGGGAUCUUCGCAGGUUCUUCUGUCGAACGAAUUGAUCGAUUCAUCAUUAAAUUCUAUUAGAAAUAUAUACACCUAUUAUAUUUGAUGUAAUAUCCUGCAUCGGAAAAUAAAAAAAAAAACAAACAAA